AUGCCCCUUUACGCUCGUAAACAAAUUCACCUUGUUCCAAAACCAAAAUUGAACUUGUCAAAAAAUGCCAACCAUCAAGUUUGGGUUAUUUCUUAUACUUCCGAGAUUUUCUUGAGCUACCAGGAUUAUUUAAAGCGCAUAGCUUUAUAUGAAAAGAGAAUAUGGCAAUGCGUGGUAACGGGCAAACAGGGGCUUACAUAUCAUGAGGCCCUUGAAAGUGAAAAAACUCACCGUGAAACUUUAGAGAAUAAGUUCCCAUUGGGUCUAAUCCCACCAGUAUUAGAAAAGAUCCAAUUUAACACUGAAAGACUGGAUGUAGUUGUAAACGAAAUAUUUGAAAAGUAUAAGGAUCUUUAUUCUGUUGGCGAGGUCAUAUUUGCAAUGAUCGAUAGGAAAAAAGUUAAAGUAAAAGUUUCCGAAGUAAAAUUAAUUACACCAAAAGAGUCGAGUUCCAAAGGAGCUAAGCGUAAAAGUAUACAAUCACAAAUCUUCUAUGAGGUGCAAAUGUUAGAUGAUGAUGGAAACCCUUUGAGACAGAAGAACAAGAAAUUUAUUACAAAAACUAUCAAUGGAAGUUAUGCAGUCUGUCGUGCCGAUAAAUUAUCUUUCACAAAAACUCUUAUCCGUAAAUUCGUUAAAGAAUCUGCAACGAAAGAUACAUAUUUUCAUGCGCCAUGGGUUGUUAAAUCCAAAUUGGCUAAAAUGUACAAAAUAUCGACUCAAUUACCAGAAGAUUUACAAAAAUCUAAAGAUUAUGCACUCAAAAAAAGUCGAAAACGAAAGACGAAUAAGAAACUAACUGCCUCAGAAAAGGCAAGGCAAGAAAAAAAGAAACGUCAAGAUAUUGAAAAUAAGAAGAAGGAAGCCGAAAAGAAUCGUAAACAAAAAGAAAAGGAAGAAAAUCAAAAACGAAGAAAGGCAGAACAGAAAAAAAUCAAGUAUCCGAUUGAAGAUCUUGGUGUUCCGCUGGAUCGUUCGUUACUUCAAAAACGGCCUUCAUUAGUAUACGAUUUUAAAGUACCCCAAGAUUGCGUCGGGAUAAUGCUUUCCAUUUGGAACUUCUUUACGAUAUUUGGCAAAACGCUUGGAAUGUCAUUUUGUACACUUGAUGACUUUGAGUCUUCUCUUUAUCAUACAGUGACAAAUCCUCGCUGUUAUUUAACUAUCGAAAUGCAUGUUUCUCUAUUAAAUGCGAUCAUCAAAGAUCGAAUGCAUUCUAAAGGAAAAAAACGCGUUAUUAAUCAUGCUGUUAGUAAUGACGCUAUGGAAAUAGACAAUAACGAUGAAAUUGCCAUGUUAAAUACCUCAAGAGAAAUUCUUGAGAUGUUAGGAAAUAAUUGGGAUAGAAAAUUAAUUUCAUCGAGUGACGGACGAAAAGGAUGGGAAACCAUACUCGCUGGUUGUAUAUAUCAGUUAAUGGAAUUUAGUUCGACGCCUAACUUGGAACAUAUACUCGCAAAAAUAGUACCUAGAAGAAAAUCUAAUAUUGAAGAGACUUUAGAGAAAAAUUAUGUUAUCCUCGAAGCAGCUGACAAACUACAAAUUCUUGAAUUUUUGAUCAAUACCGUCAGCAAAUCCCAAACAAUUCAUGAUCAUAUUGAAAGGUGUUCUGAGAAAUUAUCAGAACUGAACAAAGAAAAAUUGAAUCUAGCCAAGGAGAAAAGGCAAUUAUUAUAUUCUCUCUCUGAAAUCGAUAAGGACAAACUUAUUGAAAAUUUACUCAAUGAAGGAGAUUCUUCAGCUACUAAGCCCGAUGAAAAUUUCGUAAUUCGAAAGCGUAAACUCGAAGAAAAUGAAAUUAUGAUCUCAAAAAAGGAGGAACAAAUCGAAAAGGACAAGCGUAAAUAUGCUAUUCCACGUGUUCCACUGUUAGGAAAGGAUCGCUUUUAUAAUAAAUACUAUUAUUUUGAUAAUAUCGGAGCGGCUGUUUCCGAAAAAUAUGGUACUGGACGAAUAUUUGUUGAGAGUGCGAAUGAAUUUGACUUAGAAAUAAUGACUGAGAAGGAGGAACAACGAUUCAAAAAAAGAAGGAAAAUUGAAGAAUUUGGUAUUGGUCGUAACGCUAGCAAUGUUAGCGUGGAUAAUCAGACACAAUGGGGAUAUUAUGAUGAUAUCGCACAGGUUAAGGAAUUACAAGGAUGGCUUAAUUCUAAAGGCGUACGUGAAUUAUCUUUCCAAAAUGAAUUAAAUGCCCGUCUACCGGAUAUUUCUGCGGGCAUUACUAAGAGACAACAAGAUUUUGUUACAACACACACUACUCAAGAAGUGAGGAGAAGCAAACGUACUCAAACAACGUUGGCCAUGUUAUCAGCACAAUCCUAUAUGAAAUGGUCAAACAAGUUGGCAAAAUAA